CCUCUUUCUUUGUUGUGUGGUCGACGGCCUACGCGGCUACGCCUAAAUACGAUACAUCACCCCUCCCUUUCUUUGUUGUGUGGUCGACGGCCUACGCGGCUACGCCUAAAUAUAUUUACAACCCCCUCUCAGCCUCUCUCUCUCUCUCUCUCUCUCUCUAAAAACUACAUGGUACAAGAUGACAACAGGCAAGGCAGGUCCUGCACCUAGUCUUGAGUGCUGCAUGUGUGGAGAUUGUGGCCUUUCCACUGAGCUCUUCGACUGCAAAGUUUGCCAAUCCAGGACUCAGCACAGGUACUGUAGCAACCAAUAUCCAAAAGCAGAGUCGUAUAGGGUUUGCAAUUGGUGCCUGAUUCAAACAGAGAAAACACAAGUCUCUCCCAAUAAUUCAUCAUCAUCAAACAAGACACCCAGCAGCCAAGAUCACGAUCACGUGAUCAAGAAGAAGAAAAAGCUUAUCAAUGGAAGCGGAAGUGAUCACAAUCAUGGAGGUCAAAAGGGGAGUUCUCCUUUUCAGAUUCCAGUCAAUACCCCCAUCAAGAAACAAAUAAGGUCGCCGGAGGAAUCGCCGGCGGCGGCAGUAGCUCGGAAAAGGCUCAUCACCAGUGGUGGUUUGGAGGGGAGGUUGACAAGGACAAAGUCAGAGGAAAUAUCAAAUGGUGGGAACCUCACAAAACAAGUGUUUAGAAAUAAGGUGAGGAGGUAUAAGCUCUUGGAUGAGGUCUCAAGCCAGUGAUUGAGAGUUCAAUAAUUGAGAUGACUCAUUUUGAUGUAAGUAUAUAUGGUUGUGGUUUUGUUUGGUCUUUAAGUUUUUAUGGGCCCAAUUAAAAAGGGUCAAAGGAUACAUAGCAUGUAGAUAAGUAUGGAGAUGGGGAUCAAUGUGUGUGCGGAGAACCCUGGGGUUAGGGCGUCUCUAAUGGACCUUAUAAAAUACUAGUACUCAAUAAGUUGAAUAGCUAAAA